CCAUUUCCAGAGGGAUGCAAAUCCGUCCAGGGCAACACUUGCACUCCAAACCUCUCUUCACAUCUCUUGCUCGUAGACCUCUGGAGUUCAGCAAUCAUGGCCAAUGGCGCCCUGGAGAUCGUGGGAAUGUGUGUGACCCUGAUCGGGCUCAUUGGGGCAGCAGCCAGCACUGGAAUGCCAAUGUGGCGGGUGACAGCUUUUAUUGGCGAGAACAUCAUUGUGAUGGAGACUCGAUACGAGGGAUUGUGGAUGAACUGCUAUCGGCAAGCGAAUAUUCGAAUGCAGUGUAAAGUGUACGAUUCUUUGCUAGCGCUUUCUCCUGAUCUUCAGGCCGCUAGGGGACUCAUGUGCUGCUCCGUGGCUUUGACCGGUCUGGGUUUACUGAUCGCGAUCGUAGGGAUGAGAUGCACGGCGUGCAUCCAGGACAAUGACCGAGCCAAGCGGAUGAUUCUAAUCAUAUGCGGUUGCAUGAUUCUCAUGGGUUGCCUCUGCUGCAUCAUUCCCGUCUCAUGGACCGGUCAUGCAAUCAUUCAAGAUUUCUACAACCCGCUACUCAUCGACGCCCAGCGUAGGGAACUAGGUGAAGCACUCUACAUCGGUUGGGUGUCGUCUGCAUUCCUGUUCGCCGGUGGGUGCAUAUUUAUCUGCUGUAAUGGCCCCCUAGACAAGGGCCCUGAUCCAAACAGAUACAUGUACACAAGGAACGCCCCCUAUGUGGCCUAUCAGCCUCAACCUGUGGCCUAUGUCCCCCAACCGCGGUCGGUUUACAGCCAUCCAUCUGGUCCGCCGUCAUUCAUUCAGCCAUCUUACCAACCAUCCAGACAGCAGUCGUUCAUCCAGCCCUCAAGACAACAGUCCUUCAUACAACAAUCCAGACAUCCGUCCGCCCAUAGAUCCGUCGCCUAUCUCUGAAAUACAGCAGGACAUUUCAAAGGCAUGUAUUUUCAUGUGUAAUGUAUGUGUAUGUGUGCGUGCACGUUAGAGAGGAAGUGAAAAACUUAAUGAACUUGUUGUAAACAAAGGAUUUUAUAAAGAAAUUUGAAUCUAGAAUAUUUUAUAUUUCAAAGGUAACAGCCUACAUUUUCACACGUUUUUUUCCAUUUCAUGUUUGUUGGAAAUAUUGUUAGCAAUUUCAGCUUUUUUAAAAAGAUGUUAAUAUACGCACUCUGAGAACUGACUGAUGAAAAUGAUGAAGAAUUGUUUUAAUGAAGUUUGUUGUUGUUGUUUUAUAUGAUUCAUUGUAAAGUACUGAUCAAAUACCUCAUGUCAUUGUUACUUGGGGUAUUUUGCAUUAUUUGAAGCUGACUAAAAUAUAAACUAGACUAAUAAAAGUGUUUAAUACUUGACUAUUAUUUUUGGAAACAUCAAAAGCCCAAAGUAGUGAUAUGAAUCUGUAAAUACUCUCAGGUUAAGAUAUUUAGCUUUGAAAUGGUAGUUUGUACUAGUACAUUUUUUAAAUAAAAUUGGAAUGCAUUAACAGUAAAUCAUGCAUUAUGAACUAACAUUAAGAACGAGCAUUUGUAUUGUCAUAAAUUAAUAUUGACCAAUAAAUGCUUAAAAAAUUGUUCAUUGUUAAUUCAUGACACCUACUGUAAUUCAUUAACUAAUGUUAACAAAUAGAACCUUAUUGUAAAGUGUUAACAAACAAUUCAAAUGCUUGGAGAAUCAAAUGGAAAAUGAGUUUGAAUUGUUUUGGUCUCUACUGUGUAUUUGUUCAAGGAAUAAUUCUUAGAUGAAAUCUGUAUGAUUCAUUGGAGGUUUUUCUCAUUAAGUCACAGGGUUAUAGGCAGGCGCUUGUGUGCUGAACUGCCAAUCCUUUAUUUGCUAAAUUUGGUGGUUUAGUUCAGUUCAGUGCAUUGGUGAUCUCUGUGCCCUAUGGCUUCAGAUAAACAGAAAACUGCUGUGAAAUGUAAAACAGCUAUUGUCUUGAGUGUAGACACACCCAGAGACACACAAGAGCAUGUUAUGUUAGCAGUAGUGCUACGACAGAACAAGGAAACUGAACUGUAAACGGUGGAGAAUCGGAAACGAAAAUAUACCACACACAUACAAAACUGGACCAGCAGCUUUGUUAAAGCUGGAACUGCAUCUUUUUUGACAUUUUGAGAUCUGUGUUACUGUGGACUUUGUUAAAAGCUAUGGAUAUAUUUCAACAGAAUGGAUAUUUUUUCUGUAUCAGACGAGCUACAAUGCUAUGAACAUAUAAAAAGAUUAGUAAAAGAGCAUUAAUUGAAAAUAAACAUUUGCAAUGAGCAGCAAGUGAACUCUGCUGUGAAUUAAUCCUGAUAUUAUUUAGCAGAGAUGGGCCACUUCUAUUAAAAUAAAUGGGAGAAAUCGGAAUGCCCAACGGCAGCCAACGGUCAACGGAUGUAGAAAAGGAGUCCUGCCUUAAAGGUAAAAGAGCCAAUCACCUUUUAGAUACAGACAUCACCUGUCAAUCAACUCAACAACCCAGGCUUGAUGGAAAUUUCAGUCUUUUCCCAUUCAAGUAGAUAGGAGCGUCACUGACAUGACUGGAAAUAGCCUUCCGAGAGCGUUCCAAAGAUGGCCUGACUUGCUAGAAAGACUUUGAUUAAUCUAUUGACAAUCUACUGCAACAUUUGAUUUUUCCCCUUUUUCUCCCAAUUUGGAAUGCCCAAUUCCCAAUGCGCUCUAAGUCCUCGUCGUCGCAUAAUGAUUCACCUCAGUCCAGGAGGCAGAGGACGAAUCCCAGUUGCCUCCGUGUCUGAGACAGUCAACCCAUACAUCUUAUCAUGUGGCUUGUUGAGCGCAUUGCCACGGAGACAUAACGCGUGUGGAGGCUUCACCACACUCAAUUCACCAUGCACCCCACCGAGAACAAACCAUUAUAGUGACCAUGAGGAGGUUACCCCAUGUGACUCUACCCUCCCUAGCAACCGGGCCAAUUUGGUUGCUUAGGAGACCUGGCUGGAGUCACUCAGCACGCCCUGGGAUUCAAACUAGCAAACUAGCGAACUCCAGGGGUGGUAGCCAGUGUAUUUUACCACUGAGCUACCCAGGCCCCACAACAUUUGUUCAUUAAACAAAACCGGCAAACAUGACUGAUGAAGGCCCUGCUAGAGGCUGAAAUGUCAUGUUUUUAAUCCAAUAAAGAUAAGGAUUUUUCAACAUAGA